UCUCUCGCCCUAGAUUGAUGAAGGAAUAUAAUUUGAUGAUGAAGUGAGUUACAUAUUAUUGAUUUUGUUUAAUUUUCCUAGAUUUUUCUCUUUGUUUUCUGAUUUUUAAUUUUUUAAUUUUUAAAAUAUAGCCAUACUUUUCUGUCUUUAAUCUCUAUAUUCUGCUUCUCUCCACUCCAAUCUUUGGAGAAUAAAGAUUCAAAAACAAUCAACUAUCUCUUCUUCUUGCAUUGUUCUUAAAAAAAUAUUACAAAUUAGGGUUCCUGCAGAAAGAAUCUGGGAAAAGCUUGUCCAAUUUGGGUUUUUUCUUGUAGAUGCUUUAUGGGUCUUGAUUAUUUUUGUUUGAUCUUUUCUGGGUAUGUAUCAACGUGAAUGGGGAAGAUACUAACACCACCGGCACGGAGAAGACUAAUUUCUCUGCCUCGGAGGCGUCGGUGAUGGACCCAACUCCGCCUAUGAAAGAAGACAAAAGAACAGACUCGAAGCCUCAAGAAUUAAUUCGAGGGCUUGUGCAGGUGAUGCCGGGCCAAAUCAAUCCAACUCCAAGACGUCAGAUCCUUAACCCUCAUUCACCGUCGACUUCUCUUCUCCUUCUUCAACUGCGACGGCAACAACAAUUCUUUUUUUAAACUUUCUCCUCUUCCCUACUCACCCUUCUCUCUUUGGACCCCUUCAUCUCCAGAUCUCAUUAUCCCCUUCAUCUCCAGAUCUAAUGGCUUCCCAAGGAGGGCUUCACUCUUCUUUUUGUUCCUCUCCUCCCCUCUUCUUCCUCCUUUUCCCUUCACCUUAAUUUAUUGAACAAGAGAACCUAGAUUUGGGUUUUCCUCGUGAGUUGAUCUGGGUUCCGCAUUCAAUUUGAAAAAGGAGAAAGAUGGGGAGGAGAGGGAAGGAAAAAGAAAGAGGAAGAAGAUGAUGAAUUUUUAGGUUUGUGAUUAGAAUUUUAGAGAGGGUAUGGGUGAUGAUAAAUGAAACAAAAAGAUGAUGAAUUGAAGAGAGGUUGAAGAAGAUCGAGAUAAGUGAGGGAUUAGUGAGGUUGAAGAUGAGGGUAUUUUGGUAACUUUAGCAAAUAUUAAAUAUUGAAGAUAAGGGAUAUUUGUGCAAUUUUAAGGAUAAAAUACCAACUUAUAC